AUGUCUAGCUGCGUCGUGGAUCUCCCUGAAGAUAUUAUAGUCAAGAUUCUGUGCCGUCUGCCGGUCAAGUCUUUGAUCCGGUUCACUUGUGUCUCGAAACGGUGGCGUUCUAUGAUCAUUUCCGAUCAUCAGUUUGGAAAAUCCCACCACCAACUUGCUUCUCAGCAGAGAACCCUCCGUAGAAAAGUCCUCCUCACUACCUACCCUAAACUCAGAGAUCCAGGUCCAAUUUCCCUUGCUCGUUCCGGUGGCUUUCCGAAGUUACCCCCUCGAUUUCAAUCGUUAGAGGAUAACUUUUCAGUCAAAAAUUUUACCAUCCCAUGUGAGAAGAGUGAGGAUAUAAUAGUAAUGGGCUCCUGCAAUGGUUUGGCACUUCUAGGCCAAAGCAAUCGUUGUUAUUUGAAAAACUUGUCUAUCUGGAACCUGUCUACUGGAUUCUUCCGCAACCUGCCUAGUCCAAGUUUCCCGGAGAGGUCAGUACAAUCAGUCGGUAAUGAGUACCAGUUCUCUGUAAAUUAUGGUUUUGGUCAUGUGUCCACCAUCGACGACUACAAACUUGUUUUCAUAAUACCUGCCCUCUGUGAUCUGCCGGAAGUCCAUGUCUUCUCUAUGAGAGCCAACAUUUGGAAAGUUAUUACAGCUCCUUACUCGUCAUGGCCGAGAUGGCGUGGUGGACAGGGGACACUUUCAAAUGAAGCAAUUCACUGGGUCAUCCGCUGCAAAAAUGAGAGUGUUAUCUAUGCGUUUGAUUUGGCAGAGGAGGGAUUUCGGCAAGUGCCAUUGCCGCCUGUUUUGUGGCAAGAUGAAGAUGACAAGACUUCCACCGAGAUAACAACUCUGGUUCAUUUAGGAGGAUCCCUUUGCAUCUUGUCGCGAAAGCAUUAUUAUCCCGGGAAAGGUGAAGUUUGGGCGAUGACAGAGUAUGGGGUGCCUGAAUCUUGGGUUAAACUCUUUCAAUUUGAUGUACGCGAUCUCCCAGAUUUCUUUUCUAGAGUAUACGGUCCAUGGGAUAUGUGUUUCAUUACAGAAAGCAAUAUAAUCAUGUUAAGACGGGAUAAUGAGUUGUUUUGGUUUGAACGCCGUAAUGAAGAGAAACUGAUCUGCAGUGGACAGUAUAGGAUUGAGGAGGUACAACCUGAGGUGCCCGAGUGUUUGUUUUAUUUUCACGCAAUCGGAUAUGAUGAAACUCUAGUUUCUGUAGCUGAAUGA